AUGAUAUCCGGUAAAAUCCGCGGUUCGAUUUUCAAUUUGCAUAUGGUACUGAUCGUAUUCAUGCUUUACAUUGUCGUCGAAACCUCAGCUGGAAGAGCCAAACCGAAAUUCUGUGGUGAAGCCUUAAACGAUAUAUUAGAAAUAGUUUGCGCAAGAGGAUUUCAAUCCCGGUUCAGACGUUUUUUGAUAACUUCAAGUGAUAUGGAUCCGUCCGAGAAAAGGCGUAACAAUUAUAAAUAUUUACUCGAUUUAUUAUUGUCUUAUAACGAUGAGGAUGAAAAGGAAGAAACCAAAAUUGAAACUAAUCCCGAUGAAGAGGAUUCUGGUAUAGUACGUCACUGCUGCUAUACUGGCUGUCGUUGGUCUGAUAUUAGCCAAUAUUGCAUUAAAAAUUAG